CAGCACGGCCCGCCGUGCGGGCGGCCUCUCCCUGGAUUCUGGCUCGGGCGGGCGCGGCGGUGCGGGACUCGCUCCUCUGGACCCUGCGGAAAGAAAUGCUGAAUUUGAUACCCUGCAGAAAAGAUAUAUGGAUUUCUAGCAGCUAAAGAACUAAUACAGGAAAUAGCUUACAGGUUGUCUAGAUGUCUUCAAAAAGAGGAAAAUCCAAAACUGAGAAGCAGUGUCCAUCAAGGCACAGCGGUGGUGGCAGCAACGCUAUCUUCUCUUUCAUCUACCGACGAAGAAGAUGAAAGGGUUUUGAGUUUUGGACAUUUGUCGAAGGUGUUGGUUUUAGAGCUAGUUUAUUCUGUCCUACGCCUGCUUCACUGAAUUGCGAUUAAAGUGAAUAUCCCUGAGAGGAUUACCAUCAGAGACAAAUCUUUAUAUUUUUCUUCUGAAAACUUCCACUGUUGAAGUAACCUUAUAUUUUGGGCCACAGUCAUGUGGUCAUCACAGUUGCUGCUGUUCUUCACAAUUCUCUUAGUAUCCACAGUCCAUGCUUUUAGUCGUGCUCCUGUUCCUAUGGCAGUGGUCCGGAGGGAACUCUCUUGUGAAAGCUACCCAAUAGAGCUCCGUUGCCCAGGAACAGAUGUUAUCAUGAUUGAAAGUGCCAACUAUGGCAGGACAGAUGAUAAAAUCUGUGACUCAGAUCCUGCUCAGAUGGAGAAUAUCCGCUGUUAUCUGCCAGAUGCUUAUAAGAUUAUGACUCAAAGGUGUAGCAACCGGACCCAGUGUGCAGUGGUUGCUGGCCCAGAUGUGUUUCCUGACCCUUGUCCAGGAACAUACAAGUACUUGGAAGUGCAAUACGAAUGUGUCCCUUACAUUUUUCUUUGCCCUGGACUACUAAAAGGAGUAUACCAGAGUGAACAUUUAUUUGAAUCUGAUCACCAGUCAGGAGCCUGGUGUAAGGAUCCACUGCAGGCUUCUGACAAGAUUUACUACAUGCCGUGGACACCAUACAGAACUGACACUCUGACAGAAUAUUCUUCCAAAGAUGAUUUCAUUGCUGGAAGGCCAACAACAACGUACAAGCUCCCACACAGAGUGGAUGGCACAGGGUUUGUGGUGUAUGAUGGGGCUUUAUUCUUCAACAAAGAAAGAACAAGGAACAUUGUCAAAUUUGAUCUACGGACAAGAAUAAAAAGUGGGGAAGCUAUCAUCGCUAAUGCCAACUAUCACGAUACAUCCCCUUAUAGAUGGGGAGGCAAAUCUGAUAUAGACCUGGCUGUUGAUGAGAACGGUCUUUGGGUGAUCUAUGCAACAGAACAAAAUAAUGGUAAAAUAGUCAUUAGUCAGCUAAACCCUUAUACCUUGAGGAUUGAAGGGACAUGGGAUACAUCCUAUGACAAAAGGUCAGCUUCUAAUGCAUUCAUGAUCUGUGGCAUUUUAUAUGUAGUGAAAUCUGUGUAUGAAGACGAUGAUAAUGAAGCUACAGGAAAUAAAAUUGACUAUAUAUACAACACUGAACAAAGCAAGGAAAAUGUAGUGGAUGUUCCAUUUCCAAAUUCAUAUCAGUAUAUUGCUGCAGUGGAUUAUAAUCCAAGGGAUAACCUUCUUUAUGUAUGGAACAACUACCAUGUGGUUAAAUAUUCAUUGGAUUUUGGACCAAUGGACAGCAGAACAGGACAAGUACAUCAUGGUCAAGUUUCCUAUCUUGUUCCUCCAAUUCAUCUAGACUCAGAUCUUGAAAGACAAUCAUUUAAAGCAUCAACAUCUGGAGGAACAGGCCUGGGUGGGACUACCACAGUCACAACAAGCAGAGCUAUUACAAGCAGCACUGUACACACAACCACUGUAUCAGCUCUGGGUAGAAGGAACAGAAGCACAACUACACUUUCUCCAGCUUUGGAUAGUCUGAAUGAAAUGACAACACAUCUGCCACCUGCCUCUUCCCAGCUGCCUGCAGUUGGUGCAGAGAGUUGUGAAACCGUGGAAGCUCGUGAAAUCAUGUGGUUCAAGACCAGACAAGGACAGGUGGCUAAGCAGCCAUGCCCAAAAGGCACUGUGGGUGUUUCGACAUUCCUUUGCCUUGCUCCUGGUGGAAACUGGGAUCCUCAAGGGCCAGACCUCAGCAAUUGUUCCUCACUUUGGGUCAACCACAUCACUCAGAAGUUGAAAUCAGGAGAGACAGCUGCCAAUGUUGCUAGAGAACUUGCUGAACAAACAAAAAGCCACUUGCAUGCAGGGGAUAUCACUUAUUCAGUUCGUGCCAUGGACCAGUUGGUGGGAUUAUUGGAUGUGCAGCUUCGAAACCUGACACCUGGUGGAAAAGACAGUGCAGCACGAAGCUUAAACAAGCUUCAGAAACGGGAACGUUCUUGUAGAGCUUAUGUCCAGGCCAUGGUUGAAACAGUUAAUAACCUCCUGCAGCCACAAGCUCUAAAUGCAUGGAGGGACCUUCCUGCGCGUGAUCAGCUGCGGGCAGCCACCAUGUUACUGGACACUGUGGAAGAAAGUGCCUUUGUGCUUGCAGAUAACCUCCUUAAGACUGAUAUUGUGAGGGAGAGCACAGACAACAUUCAGCUGGAAGUUGCAAGGCUAAGCACAGAUGGAAACCUGGAAGAUCUUAAAUUUCCACAGAAUACUGGCUUUGGCAGCACCAUCCAGCUGUCAGCAAACACAUUGAAACAGAACGGUCGAAAUGGUGAAAUCAGAGUGGCCUUUGUCCUAUACAACAAUCUGGGCCCCUAUCUAUCCACAGAGAACGCCAGCAUGAAAUUAGGGAUGGAAGCCAUGUCUACUAAUCAUUCUGUCAUAGUGAAUUCUCCCAUCAUCACAGCAGCGAUUAAUAAGGAGUUCAGCAAUAAGGUUUACUUGGCUGAUCCUGUUGUGUUCACUGUCAAACACAUCAAGCAAUCAGAAGAAAAUUUCAACCCCAACUGUUCAUUCUGGAGUUAUUCUAAACGCACAAUGACAGGAUACUGGUCAACUCAAGGUUGUCGGCUCCUCACAACAAACAAGACACACACAACAUGUUCCUGUAAUCACUUAACCAACUUUGCUGUUCUGAUGGCCCAUGUGGAAGUGAAGCAUGGAGAUGCAGUCCAUGAUCUGAUCCUGGAUGUCAUCACUUGGGUUGGCAUUCUUCUGUCCCUUGUCUGCCUUCUGAUCUGCAUUUUUACUUUCUGCUUCUUCCGCGGACUCCAAAGUGACCGAAACACUAUCCAUAAGAACUUGUGCAUCAGCUUGUUUGUGGCAGAACUUCUGUUCCUCAUUGGAAUCAAUAGGGCAGACCAACCAAUAGCCUGUGCUGUGUUUGCUGCUCUGCUGCAUUUCUUCUUCCUCUCUGCUUUCACUUGGAUGUUUUUGGAAGGAGUGCAGCUGUACAUAAUGUUGGUGGAAGUCUUCGAGAGUGAACAUUCACGUAGAAAAUACUUCUAUUUGGUUGGCUAUGGCAUGCCUGCUGUAAUUGUAGCUGUUUCGGCAGUAGUAGACUACAAAAGUUAUGGCACUGGAAAAGUAUGUUGGCUUCGACUUGACACCUAUUUCAUUUGGAGUUUUAUAGGACCUGCAACUUUGAUCAUUAUGCUUAAUGUAAUCUUCCUUGGAAUUGCCCUUUAUAAAAUGUUUCAUCAUACUGCCAUUCUGAAACCUGAAUCAGGGUGUCUCGACAAUAUCAAGUCAUGGGUUAUAGGUGCAAUAGCUCUGCUCUGCCUAUUGGGACUCACCUGGGCCUUUGGACUUAUGUAUAUUAAUGAAAGCACGGUGAUCAUGGCGUACCUCUUCACCAUUUUCAAUUCUCUGCAGGGAAUGUUUAUAUUCAUUUUCCAUUGUGUUCUCCAAAAAAAGGUACGUAAAGAAUAUGGGAAAUGCCUGCGUACACAUUGUUGUAGUGGGAAAAGUACAGAGAACUCCAUCGGCUCAGGAAAAACUUCUGGGUCACGAACUCCUGGACGGUACUCCACAGGAUCACAGAGCCGAAUUCGCAGGAUGUGGAAUGACACUGUUCGAAAGCAAUCAGAAUCCUCCUUCAUCACUGGUGAUAUAAACAGUUCAGCGUCACUUAACAGAGAGGGGCUUCUGAACAAUGCCAGGGAUACAAGUGUCAUGGAUACUCUACCACUGAAUGGUAACCACGGCAAUAGCUACAGCAUUGCUAGCAGUGAGUACUUGAGCAACUGUGUGCAAAUAAUUGACCAUAGCUAUAACCACAGUGAGACUGCCUUAGAGAAAAAGAUUCUGAAAGAACUCACUUCCAAUUAUAUACCUUCCUACCUGAACAAACAUGAAUGUUCUAAUGAACAAAGUAGGAAUCUGAUGAACAAAUUUGUCAAUAAUCUUGGCAGUGGGAGUGACGAUGCCAUUGUUCUCGAUGACGUCACCUUGUUUAACCAGGAGGAGAACCUGGGCUUAGAACUCAUUCAUGAGGAAUCAGAUGCCCCACUGUUACCCCCAAGGGCAUAUUCUGCAGAGAACCACCAGCCUCACCAUUAUAGCAAAAGACGGAUUCCACAAGACAACAGUGAAAGUUUUUUCCCCUUGCUAACCAAUGAGCACACAGAAGAUCUCCAGUCACCGAAUAGGGAUUCUCUUUACACUAGUAUGCCUGCUCUGGCCAGCAUGCCAGGCACAGAAAGUGUCACCACCAGCACCCAGACCGAUCCCUCAUCAACUAAAGGUGGCGAUGGCGAUGAUGUGUACUACAAGAGUAUGCCAAACUUGGGCUCCAGGAACCAUAUCCAACAGCUACACACUUACUAUCAGUUGGGGCGGGGCAGUAGUGAUGGAUUUAUAGUUCCACCAAACAAGGAUGGGACCCUGACAGAAGAAACCUUGAAAGGACCAGCUCACUUGGUCACUAGUCUAUAGAACACUAAGUAAACAUUUUAAUAAAACAAAUGCUCCCUGUACAUCUGGAUUAUUGUCUGGAUUUAAAUCAAAGCAGUGGUAAUAUUGUGUGUUCUCCUACUCCAUAUUGUUCUAAACAACCAACAGUUCUCAUAACUUUUUAAUGGAAUUGAUAGGCCCAUGAAGGAAAAAAAAAAGGCUAACUGCCUGUUGUUCCCCCUCACCCAACACAUACACUGGCGUCACAUCAGAGAGACCAUAUGCUAAUGAAUGAGAUGCAAAAGGAAGUGGUCCAUUGUGUGGCCUUCUCACAUUAUACUGCAUUUGUUUAAGCAUCUUUGGGUGCUGUCUUCUUAGUACCAAGGACCUGACUUACAAAAGGCCAAACAUGCAUUUGAAACUACUAGCAAUGAUGCGUCUAGAUUGGAGUGCUGCACAAAACAGAAGCAAAAAUAGCAAAACUGUUUAUUCUGAAUCUGUAUCACAUAAUAGUUUGGGGUUUUGGUUUUUGGUUUGGGGUUUUUUUUGUGUGUGUGUGUCUCUCUCUUUCUCUCUCUCACCACUUAAUUUAGCCAAAGCUCACUGAACUGUGGAGCAAACAAAAUCUAAUGAAAUAGAAAGUUGGUAAUUGUAUGCUACAUGGUAUAUUUUUAUGUUUUUCUGUAUUAACUGAUGAUAAUUCUAAUGGCAGAAAAAAUGGAACAGUUCCUAUGUAAUGUACAGAUACUAGCAUUGCACAUAUAGUCUACUCUUUGUUCCGCCAAAACUUGCGUCCCUGUUAAUGUGGUGGAAAAAAAAUCCUUUUUCUGUUGUGCUGGUCUUGCAAGUUUGUCUACCAGUAGAAACAAUUCUUUUCAUGUAUUCUUUAUUUGGCCUUUUAUUCCUCUCUCUCAUUUAAAAAAAAUCACUGAGUAAACAAAGUAAUGAUUCUUUAAUUUUGGGUUAUGUGAUAUCACACUCUGUGUGUUUGUGUGUCAGUAUGCAAUAUAUAUAAAUGUGCAUAUAGACACAGAUAACAUCCACACAAUAUACUCCGUUUCUUUUAUCUACGGAUUUGCCAACAGUUUCUUUUUUUCAGAUCAGAAAUUUGACCCACGUGUUUCCAGGGCACAAUUGAUAAGAUGCAGCAGCCUUUGUGGUCAUCAGUCCCUUCACCAAGGCAUUAUGUCCCUUCCAGUAGCUGGGAUUUCAUAAUGGGACUUAUGCAGAUGAACAUAAUGCCUUUACAGGAGUCAAAAUCUAACCUCAGGCUAGGAACUUUCACUGCGAUGGUUUGAAAAACUGCUUCAUAGCAAAGAUAUUUUUAAAAGCCUAUUUUGAAGUGGUGAAAUAUAUAUAUAUAU